GAAAUAAAACACAAGAGCCUUCAAAACCAUCACACAAAAAACAAACAACCCCAAAUCACACAAAAAAACAACCAACCUUAAAUCACACAACGCAACAAAAACAAAUUCCUCAAAUUCAAAAUCUGUCUCUAUAGAGAUAGUGUUUGUGUGGAGAAGAAGAAGUUGAAGAAGAGGAUAUUGAGAAUGAGAGGACCAGUGGUGGUGAGUGGUGGAUGCGGCAGUGGUGUGAAGGGGAGGAGAGGAGGGCGCGACGGCGGAGAAGAAGUGUCGCCGGCGGCGUUAAUGUUGGCUGCUUUGAAGAAAUCAAUGGUGGCCUGUAGUGUGGAGAGUCCUGAUGAUGUGAUUUCGACUGUUCAUCAUCCAAUGGAGAUUGGAUGGCCUACAAACGUUAAACAUGUUAGCCAUGUUACGUUUGAUAGGUUUAAUGGUUUUUUAGGUCUUCCUCUUGAACUUGAGGUUCAUGUUCCUGCUCCUGUUCCAAGUGCUAGUGUUAGUGUGUUUGGUGUCUCAGCAGAAUCAAUGCAAUGUUCUUAUGAUUCAAAGGGAAACAGUGUCCCCACUAUUCUGCUACUGAUGCAGGAAAGAUUAUACUCACAGGGAGGAUUGAAGGCUGAAGGAAUAUUCCGUAUAAAUCCGGAGAACGGUGAAGAGGAACAUUUGAGGGAGCAAUUGAAUAGAGGCAUUGUGCCGAAUGACAUUGAUGUUCAUUGUUUGGCUGGUUUGAUAAAAGCAUGGUUUAGGGAACUUCCUUCAGGAAUUUUAGAUGGACUUUCGCCUGAGGAAGUUCUUGAAUGCAACACGGAAGAAGAAUCUGUUGAGCUUGUGAAGGAGCUGAAACCGGUUGAAUCAGCUUUGCUUAGUUGGGCUAUUGAUCUCAUGGCUGAUGUUGUAGUUGAAGCGGACUAUAAUAAAAUGGAUGCUAGAAAUAUUGCAAUGGUUUUUGCGCCAAAUAUGACUCAGAUGUCGGAUCCAUUAACUGCUCUAAUGCACGCGGUCCAAGUGAUGAAUUUACUUAAAACACUGAUAUUGAAGACACUUCGAGAUCGCGAAGAGACAUCAACAGAAGAAUAUUCAUCCAUGUCAUCUCAUUCAUCAGAUCAUCAAUCAGAAGUAGAUGACUACGACAGUCAACAAGAAAUGGAUACUAAUGGCGAAUCCAAAAGAGCCAAAUUAGAUUAUGAUGAUCAUGCUGACUACAGCCACAACCUUGAAGAGGCAGCUGCAUCUGUAGAGAGUCCAAAGAGUUGUUCUAACUAUCACACGGAAUCUGUUAUAUCAGUUACUGAUACAAAAACUGAGGAUUCUUGCUUGAGUUCCAGUUCUAGAAACGACUCGACAACUACUGAGGGAUCGAAUGAUGAUACAACAAGUAGUCCAUCGAUACAAAGUAAAGAAACCAAUGAUGUGGAGAUGGUAAAUAAAUGCGGCGUUUCGGUUUCAUCUAGUUAAGAAUUUGAGUUUCUAGUUGUGAGAAAUGUUUUAAUUUUUUUAAGUGAGUUGUUUUAGAUUUUUGUGUUUUACAAGCAAGGUUGCUUGUGUAUAUUUGAUUAGUAGUACACGGAUUAGGAAGUGUUUGGCUUGUUUUGGAUUUUAAGUUGGUUAUGUUCAGUUUAGUGCUGAAUUUGACCUGGUUUUAUGUAUGUCCAAAUACUAGACUAUUUGGAUAUAGUAGUUGAGAAUUUUAUAUAGGUUAGAAGUUGAAGUUGUUGAUUAAUUCUUAGGGACUAGAGAGAUUGAUUAAGCUUGAAAAUGGUGCUAGUUAUGUAUGCAGUUCUUAAUCAAAAUUUUAUGGAUUCAUUUAUGUUUCA